CUUCUGUCAUUUUAGCUGGCCUUGAUUUUGAUAUAUGAAUUUCAACUAUAACGGCAAUAAAGAAAGUAUGAAGUAAUAUAGUUCUCUAGAAAUAUAGUCUAGUAAUAUCUAUUUUAAUCAUAAAAAUGAAAGUGAUCAAAUAUCUCUCUACCCGUAUUGCAAUUGCAUUUAUUCUUCCAAUAUUUUUUUAAAUUCCUAAUCCUGUGUAUUUCUCAACAAACAAGUAAUAAAUAGCUUAUUCUAUAACACAAACAAUAUUUAGUAGCUGAAGAUUCCGGGGAGAAAAAAACUCUAACUGGCAUCUAAUUUGACUCAUCGCAAACUGGACCUGAAUUGCUGUAGUGAAGGGAACGACAAUUUUACGCUCUUCACAAUUUUGAUAAGACAAACACAUACAAAACAAGAAAACAUGACUUUCUGCAUGACAGCCUUGAAAAACUGACAAUUGAACAUGUGUAGAGCAUAAAAUCUCUGCCUCAAAAAAUGUAUUAAACUGAUGUUUUGAAACACGUUACAGGUCAAAUAAAUACUGCACCUUCUGCAAUUUGAAAAUUUCGAUGUUUUACCUAGCCUCGCUUGUAUCUUGAUCACUCAUCUUAUCAAUAACAGUUAUAAUUAAUUUUGUUUAUGAAAUAAAUACAUUUCUGACAUAGUUUUUAUUUAUUUAUUUUGUUUUAAAGCCUUCCAUUGCCUCAUCAUUGCAGGAAUAUAACAUUGAUUUGCUGAAGUUUUAAAUGCUCUGUAAAAGUAAAAACAAAAAUCGGUCAACAUGAGAUUAUACUCUGGAUGGGCACAAAAAGACAGAAAUUAACAGUUAAAUAUUCUCUUACAGGAUAGCACGUUAAAAUGUGUCCUCCAAUGGGCUUUGAAUAGUAGGUCACAGUUCCACCUUAAAAUGUGGACGUAACCGUAAACACUACAGGGAAGGUCUCUGGUCUCCUUCCCUCCACCCUCUCUCUCUCUCCCUCCAGCGGCGAAACUCUUCAGUGAAAUUGUGGCGUGUAUGUGCAUGUGUGUGACUACUAAUAAGUUGUUGUGUUGUUGAGGGAAAUGAGAAGAGUCCGGCGUAUAGGCUGCUGCUCCCCAGUUUGUGUGUAGCCGACGUCCAUUGGCGUUUAAAGGACCUGUUUCGACUUCACCACUUGCAAGUUAUUAUUAAACUCGUGUCAUGACAUCGGAGGGGAAUCAUGCAGACACCCUUCAGGACCCUCUGCUCAUUCAGGAGAAUGAGGAAACAUACAGAAACCCCACUGAAGUGAAGAUGAGUCAGAUCGUGCUGCCCUGUCAUGCCAACCACUGUGGAGAGCUGAGUGUGGGUCAGCUGCUGAAGUGGAUGGACUCCACAGCCUGCUUGUCUGCUGAGAGACAUGCGGGUUGUUCCUGUAUCACUGCAUCUGUGGAUGACAUCCAUUUUGAACACACUAUAGGGGUGGGGAAGGUUGUCAAUAUCAUAGCAAAGGUCAACAGAGCCUUUACGUCCAGUAUGGAGGUGGGAAUAUUAGUGACUUGCGAGGACCUUUACACAGCCAGGCAGUGGAAGGUUUGCCACGCAUUCGCCACCUUUGUUGCAAGAAGAACUGAAGCUGGAAAGGUUCAGUUGAAACAGGUGAUUCCUCGCACACAAAUGGAGCAGAUGGAGUACAGCCUGGCAGCAGAGCGGAGGAGGAUGAGGCUCAUCCACGCUGAGAUCAUUACAGACCUGCUGAGCAGCAGCACAGCUCAGCUGGGAGAAUGCCAGGAGUUUGAGGACGCCGUGCCAGCUGAGCGGACACGAGUCGAGAGUGUCGAGCUGGUGCUGCCACCACAUGCCAACCACCAAGUCAGCACCUUUGGGGGCCAGAUCAUGGCCUGGAUGGAGAAUGUGGCAACAAUCGCAGCAAGUCGCUUGUGCAAUGCUCACCCAACCCUGAGGACCAUAGACAUGUUCCACUUUCGUGGCCCGUCUCACAUCGGUGAUCGACUGGUACUAAAAGCUAUAGUAAACAAUGCCUUCAAACACAGCAUGGAGGUGGGAGUAUGUGCUGAGGCCUACCAGGGUGGAGAACCUCUGCGUCACAUAAAUAGUGCUUUUAUGACCUUUGAGGUGCUGGACAGUGACAGGAAACCAACCACACUGCCGCGGAUAAGACCUGAGCCUGUGGAUGGAAAAAGACGGUACCAAGAAGCUGUUGCAAGAAAGAAGAUUAGGCUUGAUAGAAAAUACAUCAUCUCCUGUAAGCAGACUGAAGUGCCUCUGUCUGUGCCCUGGGAUCCAAGUAACCAGAUGUACCUGAGCUACAAUAAUGUGUCUGCACUGAAACUAAUGGAUACCAGGAACAACUGGGUUUUGACCUCUGAGAAAAACAAGGUCAGACUGUACACACUGGAGGAAAACCACAUGCUGUGUUUUAAGGUGGAGAUGCACGUCAGCGUACCAGCAGAGCAGACUUUUCUCCUGCUCUCAGAUCUGAGGAGGAGAAAGGAGUGGGAUCGGCAUUAUGAAGAGUGUGAGGUGAUCAACCAUGCUGAUGAAGAAGACACCCUGUAUCGCGUAGCCACACCAUCUGUCAGUAAAGGGGGUAAAGGCCAAGACUUUAUCUUGCUGGCAUCUAGGAGGAAACCAUGUGAUGUCAGGGACCCGUUUCUUAUUGCUCUGCGUUCUGUUACUUUGCCCACUCACCCCCCCACUGAGGACUACAAGAGGGGGGAAGUGCUCUGUGCUGGCUUCACAAUCUGGGAAGAGUCCAGUAAUGUCACCAAGAUCACUUACUACAACAAAGCCACACCAGGCGUCCUUCCCUACAUCUCCACAGACAUUGUCGGCCUCUCCUCCAGCUUCUACAGCGCCUUCUCCUCUUGCAGCAAAUUCCUGGAGAACAACAAGGACAGCGUUGUGGUCUCUCCAUCCUCUGCACUUUUGCAUGACAAUGCUGCUAAACUCUCCUUACACGAAGAGCAGAAGCAUCAGUAGGAGGGAUUAGUCUCAUCUGUAGAUGAGGAACCCAUGGUUGAUUGUAAGUGUGUGAGUGGAAUGUGUUUUUAUUCUUUUUAAAGUCUGUAAGCCUCAGUCAUUACUGUAGGACUUUUUUUUUUGAAAAUGAGAGACAUUUUCUAACUUGCUAUUUAGAAUACUCUGUAUAGGGUUUUUAAGAAGUUCUUCCUAUUUUUAGAAAGAUUAAUAGGUUUGAAGUCAGAGCGCACAAUGUUUUUCUUGAAUUUAAACCAUUUUGAAUGUUAAUAGAGCUGCCAUAUUGUUAAAACAUUCUUUAUACUAAUUUAUAAAUCAAUGAAUCAGUAUUAAAGACAGUCUAAACUUUGAUAAUAUUGUCUACCUCUUGAAUAAAGUUUUAUUUGAUAAAUUAUAAUUAACUUAGAUGUAUAUUUAGUGACUAAUGAUGUUGUAUUUUGAGAUAAGGAUUUAUAGCUUUAGAGGAAACCUUUGCACUGAUUUUAUUAAUGUUAACAUUUGUUAGUCAAAUGUUGUAAUGAUGAGACGUUUUUUUUUUGAUUGAACUGAAACAUUAAACACAGUAGACCAGU